AUGUCCAUUUUGCCGAAUAUUGCAGUAAUUGGUGGGAGUUAUGUUGAUCAACUAACGUCUCGUCUUCANGGUGUAAACACAGCUCAACAACUAGCCACCAAAUUCUCAGGACGCUUCCAAGUGUUGUUGAUUGAGAAGAACUCACAUUUCCAGCACUUGUUCGCCUUUCCACGAUUUGCGGUGACGAACAAGGUGGAUACGCACAAAGCAUUUAUCCCUUUUACGCCGGGCACAUUUGCGAAUUGUCCAGUGGGAAGUGGUGUUGUGGUCCGAGCAGGUGUCAAAAAGAUUGACAAAGAGGAGAUUUGGUUGGAUCGCAAGGUCGAGGUGAAUGGCAAGGGGCUGGAUAGGAUCCCUUAUGCUUAUCUGGUGAGUAUGAGGAAAGGUGUUGUCUUCGAGUGGCUUUUGCUGACAAGAAUAUACAGNGUCAUUGCGACAGGCACAAAACUGACGCCGCCGUCUACAUUGCCUUCCUCUGAUAAAGCGGAUGGAGUCACCUACUUGCAAGAGCAUGCGAGGAAAAUCGAGUCAAGCUCUAAUAUCGCCAUCAUCGGUGGGGGUGCUGUCGGUGUACAAAUGGCCACCGAUAUAAAGGAGAUUUAUCCCCAGAAGAUGGUGACGUUGAUACACUCGAGAGAGCAGAUCAUGAACAAGUUUCAUCCACAGCUUGAUCGCAUUAUAAAAAACCGAUGCGAAGAGUUGGGAGUGAAGCUGAAGCUUGGCUCAAGGGUCAAGUUGCCAGCAAAGGGAUAUCCAACUGAUGGAUCGACGUUCAAUAUCGAGUUGCAAAACGGUUCGACUGUGUCUACAGACUUUGCUGUAUGUUUCGAGCACUAUAAUGAAAACUCGUUUGCUGAUGAUCGAUUUCUCACANNGGUUAUCGCAACUGGUCAGACACCACAAUCAGAGCUCAUCCGAGCCCUCUCGCCAGAUUCCAUCGACGACACUGGCUUCGUGCGUGUACAGAGAACGCUUCAGAUCAACGAUACCAAAUUUGCAAACAUCUUCGCGGUCGGAGAUGUUGCUGAUACCGGAGCCCACAAAGCUGCUCGCCCAGCACUCAGACAAGCUCCUGUGGUUGUGGAGAACAUCGAGCAUCUGGCAAAGAAUGAGCCUCUAGAAAAAUACGAGGUAGCAGAGGGACCCUCCAUUCAUCUGACAUUAGGCAUUUUUAUCAACUCGCCAGGCGGCGCUCCAGAGCCGAAGGUCAUUUGGGCUGACGAUGGAAAGUUCGAUAUGGGAAUUGACGGCGUCUGGCAGCGAAGAGGUGGUGGUCCUAAUUCUCUUCUCUGA